AGUUUUGACUGAAGCUGCAAUCUCUUCUCUCAACUUCCAGCUUCCUGAAAACUUGCUGAGCAAAUAUGACUGGAUCAGGCAGUGGCAGCUAAAAGAGAAACUGGGCAGGAAGAUGGGAGAAAUAAGUGAUGAAAUUAAAGAAUAUUUAAUACUUCUAAGGAAAAAGUGGAAGAAUGUAAGUGAAAUCAAGGGUCCUGUGGAGAAACAAGAAGCUUGUGAUAAAUUAUUUAAAAACGAAGAGGACGAGUAUAGUCUCUAUGAAGCACUGAAAUUUUUGAUGCUUAACACCGCCAUUGAAUUAUACAAUGAUGAUAAAAAUGGAAGGAGAGUUCCUGUCUUCUCAUGGUUACUGUUUGCACGGGAUACAUCUAGCAACCCCUGUCAGUUAAUGCAUAACCAUUUGAAUCAUAUUGGUCACAGUGGAGGCCUUGAACAGGUGGAAAUGUUUCUCCUUGCUUAUGCUCUGCAGCAUACCAUCCAAGUGUAUCGACUGUAUAAAUAUAGUACUGAUGAAUUCAUCACACUUUAUCCCAGUGACCCGGAGGAGGGCUGGCCUGUGGUGACUCUCAUCACUGAAGAUGACAGACAUUAUAAUAUUCCAGUCAGAAUGUGCCAAGAGACUGUCCUGUAAACAAGUGGUUUUUGGCAGACAAACCUGUGCUGCUUAUUGAGGUUUCCAGUGCUGUUUUGAAACAAGAUGA